AUGAGCGCACCCAAGAAGCCCAUCGACAUCAGCCUCGACGCCCUCGGCGAGGCAAAGAAGCGUGCGGGCAUCGACGGUGUCGUGGCGGGUACCUGUGCGGGCUUCUUGAGCGGCUUCUUGUCAACCAAAGCGUUCAAGAUGUCGAGGAACACAGGACUUCUAUCGGGACUGAUGGCGGGCUCGUUCGUCGGCUACAUCUUCACCGUCGAAUCCCUCAAACUGCACGUCGCCAAAGCGCGAACAGCCCAGGCAGAGCUGCACCGGCAUUUGAUGGGCGAGUCAGCGGACGACAUGAUGCGAGGGGAACGAGGAGUCGGCGGGCUCGAGGGACUGGAAGACAAGUACCAGACGACGCGAGGCGAUCACUGA